CAGUCUAGAUUGUCAACUGACACACGCCCUAGAUCCAGCAGGGUCAACGGUUCUGUUUUUCUUUCAUUUUUACUACAUCACCAAAAAGUCAAACAAUCCUUAUCCAACACACUCCAGAAAAUCUCCACGGCUGUAGUAAAUCCAUCCUUCAAAACCCUGACUUAAACCCCAUUUCAAAACCCUAAUUCUCUCUCCUUUUUUUUAAUCUCUCAAAAAAACACAAAUUCUCUCAAUUGGGUUUCUUUUACUCUAUAUUUUUGUGUUUUUUUUGCAGAAAAUGGAGGGUCUUGUUUGCUCAAACGCUGUCGUUUUGGAGGGCUUCCUCUCUUCUCUCAUUGAAGCCGUGGUACUUGAAACAGCCAUUGCUGCUUGGAAGGCACUUGCUUUGUCACUUUUCAUGAUAGGUUCUUUGCCUAACAGAUCCAGUGACAUCCCAGAAGAGUCGGGCACAAGUCAAGGGUUUCCAUUUACUGGGCUUCACGUAAGGAAGAAACCUGAUCCUGAUAAUCAAGAUGCCAGUGAUACUGAGGAUGAUGAAGACGAUGAGGAUGGCCAAGAUGAUCAGGACGAUGAUGAUGAAGGCGAUGAUGAGGAUGUGCCUGACAAAGGAGAGGAUGGUGAGGAUCCGGAGGAUCCGGAGGAUGAGCCUGAAGCCAAUGGUGAUGGUGGUAGUGAUGAUGAUGAUGAGGACGACGAUGAUGACGAGGAAGAUGACGAUGAUGACGAGGAGGAUGAAGACGAGGAUGAAGAGGAGGAUGAGGAAGACAUUCCCCAGCCACCAUCUAAGAAGAGGAAAUGAGGCCAAAAUCAUUUUCCUCUUGUUUUUCUUAUUUUGUUUUAUUUUCUCUUGUUAGAUUAGGAGUUUGGGUUAACAGGGAGCGUAAGCUGGGAGGAUUGAGUGUCUUAUCUGCAUCCUGGUCGAAAAGAUUGUGGCAAGUGUGCGGGCACAUAUUGGUAUUUCUAAUGUUUAAGAAUUCUGUUGUUUUUACUGUUGCA